AGCUCAAAGUCAAUUUUCCUUCUUUUUCAGUCGUAAUAAGUUUUACAACUCCGAGUCUUUUCCUUCCCAGCUUUCUCUCUUCCAGACCCUUCGAUUUUCUCUGCUUCUCGUUCUCUUUCUACAUCUCCGGCGGAUAUGGCGUCCGAUCUCGAGAAGAAGGCCAGAGAGGCUUUCAUCGACGAUCACUUCGAGCUCGCUGGCAGCCUCUACACGGAGGCGAUCAAUAUCAGCCCUAAAAACCCCGACCUUUACGUCGACCGUGCCCAGGCCAACAUCAAAUCCAACAAUUUCACCGAGGCUGGUGCAGAUGCAAACAAGGCGAUUGAGUUGGACCCAUCAAAUUCGAAAGCAUACUUGAGAAAAGGCACUGCCUGCAUGAAACUUGAAGAAUAUCAGACUGCUAAAGCUGCCUUGGAAUUAGGAGCAGCUUUGGAACCAGGAGACACUAGAUUUGCAAAUUUGAUUAAAGAAUGUGAUGAGCGCAUCAAAGAGGAAUCUGGUGAUCUACAAAAGCAGUCAUUGGAAACAUCCAGUACAACAAAUGUGUCCACAGAAGAUGUUCAGCCUGUUGAGACUGUGAAUGAUCUUCCCAAACAGGUGACAGCAACAUCUUCCAGACCAAAAUACAGGCAUGAAUUCUACCAGAAGCCAGAAGAAGUGGUAGUGACUAUAUUUGCUAAGGGCAUACCGGCCGACAGUGUUGCAGUCGAGUUUGGUGAACAAAUACUAAGUGUUAGCAUUUCUGUUCCUGGUGAAGAUGUAUAUCAUUUUCAGCAACGCUUGUUUGGGAAGAUAAUACCAGAUAAGUGCAGAUAUAGUGUUUUAUCCACCAAAGUUGAAAUUCGCCUUGCAAAAGCUGAAAGCACACAUUGGGCAGGUCUUGAAUUCAGAAAGGAGAGUUCUGUUCCACAAAGGGUUGUUGCCUCAGUUCCUGGAUGUCAAAGGCCAACUUACCCAUCCUCAAAACCAAAAAUAGUCGACUGGGAUAAGUUUGGAGCCGAAGUGAAAAUGGAGGAGAAAGAGGAGAAACUGGAUGGCGAUGCAGCUUUGAACAAAUUCUUCAGGGAUAUAUAUCAGGAUGCUGAUGAGGACACAAGAAGAGCCAUGAGCAAAUCUUUUGUGGAGUCUAAUGGAACGGUGCUUUCGACAAACUGGAAGGAAGUCGGUUCGAAGAAGGUGGAGGGAAGUCCUCCUGAUGGCAUGGAGUUGAAGAAAUGGGAAUACUAGAUUUUUCUGUAUUUGGCUGUACUUUAGUUUUAUUCGAUUUUGCCUGAGGAGCGUUGCUUAGUAUUUUUGUUCUUCAGAAACUAGUGACCCUUGUGCUUGAGUGACCUUUUCUUUUCCUUUUUCUUUUUUCAAUUGGAAUAUGUGUUUCGUCGCCUUCAGUUGUCUAAUUAUCUAAGUUGCUCAAAACUGUACCAUAUUAACUUUAGCAUAAAAAUUUCUUAUGCUGUA